AUCUUACACAUGCUGUCCUAACAAUGGAAUCACAAUGACCACAAGUAGUGUGUGAGGUCAAAGUGUGUGUGCAUUUUUGGGCAGGGAGGGGAGAUCUGGUGUGGGACAUAAAUUGUGAGGAAGAGGAGGAGGAAGACUUCAGAGAAUGAGAGGAAGACAUAUCUCAGAAGGUAAGCACCGAAUCUCUUUGAUUACACUGAACUGUUCUGAACAGAAGAGGACCUACUGCAGAAAUACUUGAAGACAAGACGUGCUAAUAGAUAAAAGUAAUGGUGCACAUCUGCAGGCUGCUUUUGGUGAUGGGGAUGUUGCUGUGUCUUAGUGCCCAGUUUGCAAGCUCACAGCACUGGUCUCACGGCUGGUACCCUGGAGGAAAGAGAGAGAUAGACACUUAUGAUACCUCAGAGGUUUCGGAGGAAAUUAAACUCUGUGAGGCAGGAAAAUGCAGCUACCUGAGACCCCAGGGGAGAAAUAUUCUGAAGACAAUACUGUUGGAUGCGCUCAUUAGGGAUUUUCAGAAGAGAAAGUGACAUCACGAUGUCUUCUCAGCCCGUGUCCAAAGAAACGUUCUUUCCAGCCAUCAUGUUACUUUCCCAUCCAAAAGGGGAUAUUUGUCAUUUCUGUGAAUUUGUCUAUGUUCUGUAUUUGGUUAAACUCUCAUAACCAUUGUGAGAAAAGCUACUGUCUGUUUAUUCAUUUGCAGCAGUUUCUACAAUAAAGGCUUUAUUUUAGUAUUUUGUUUUACUGUAAUUGUUCUGUGUCUUAAAUUACAGUUUAAGGUCUGUCAAACAUUUUUGCAUUCUUUAACAGAUAAAGAUAUUUUAAACUACAGUGAGCUUUUGUUUGUU